CCGUUGUUUCCCCUGCUGCCUUCUUCACUAUUGUUCCCAGUCUGAGCUGACCAGCUCUUGUACGGCUUCUCUUCCUAACACCAGCCAGCUCGGAGAAAGAGAGAGAGAGAGAGAGAGGGAGAGAGAAAGGACAUUUAAAAUGCGUGAAUGUAUCUCCGUCCAUGUUGGCCAAGCUGGUGUCCAGAUGGGCAAUGCCUGCUGGGAGCUGUACUGUUUGGAACAUGGUAUCCAGUCUGAUGGGCACAGAGCUGAUGACAAAAGCGCUGGCGAGGCAGAUGACUCCUUUGACACUUUCUUCUGUGAGACACGAACUGGGAAGCACGUGCCCAGGGCGAUCUUUCUGGACCUGGAACCAACUGUGAUUGAUGAGAUCCGUACAGGUACCUAUCGCCAGCUGUUCCACCCCGAGCAGCUCAUCACCGGGAAGGAAGAUGCUGCCAACAACUAUGCCCGUGGGCACUACACCAUCGGCAAGGAGCUGAUCGACCCUGUUUUGGACAGAAUUCGCAAGUUGACUGACCAGUGCACAGGUCUUCAAGGUUUCCUGGUCUUCCAUAGUUUUGGAGGUGGCACUGGUUCUGGAUUCACCUCUCUCCUGAUGGAACGUCUCUCUGUCGACUACGGCAAGAAGUCCAAGCUGGAGUUUUCCAUCUAUCCGGCUCCAAGGAUCUCCACAGCUGUGGUCGAACCCUACAAUUCCAUUCUGACCACUCACACCACUCUCGAGCACACCGAUUGUUCCUUCAUGGUAGACAACGAAGCCAUCUACGACAUCUGCCAAAAGAAUCUGGAAUUAGAGCAUCCAGGCUAUGUCAACCUGAACAGGCUGAUUGGCCAAAUUGUGUCGUCAAUCACAGCAUCUCUCCGCUUUGAUGGAGCACUGAAUGUUGACCUGACAGAAUUCCAAACUAACUUGGUGCCUUAUCCUCGUAUCCAUUUUCCUCUGGCGACAUACGCUCCAGUGAUCUCGGCUGAGAAAGCUUACCAUGAGCAACUGUCUGUGACCGAGAUCACCAGCUCUUGCUUUGAGCCGAGCAACCAGAUGGUCAAGUGUGACCCUCGCCAUGGCAAGUACAUGGCUUGCUGCUUACUCUACCGGGGUGACGUAGUGCCAAAAGAUAUCAAUGCUGCCAUUGCCAGCAUAAAGACCAGGCGUUCCAUCCAGUUUGUUGACUGGUGUCCAACUGGUUUCAAGGUCGGCAUCAACUACCAGCCUCCCACUGCAGUACCUGGUGGGGAUCUGGCCAAGGUGCAGCGUGCUGUGUGUAUGCUGAGCAACACCACGGCCAUCGCUGAAGCCUGGGCUCGCCUCGAUCACAAGUUUGAUCUGAUGUACGCCAAGCGCGCCUUUGUGCAUUGGUACGUGGGUGAGGGGAUGGAGGAAGGGGAGUUCUCAGAGGCCCGUGAAGACAUGGCAGCCUUGGAGAAAGAUUAUGAAGAGGUUGGUGCAGAUAGUACAGCUGAUGAUGAUGAUGAUGAUAAGGAGGAAUUCUGAAAUCCAUUCAACCUGGGGGUAGACCUUCUCACUUUUGUCUUGACAUAAUUUAGAUGAGUCUAAAAAUCCAUUGAUAUCGAGAGAUUGCGAUUUGACUUGAAUUGUCUGAGAAACUAAACCUGUAGAUUUGAGAUACUUAUUUGGAAACUUUCCUC